GUGAUACAUAGGCACCGGCCGGCGUGUCCUUGGGCCAGAGAGCGGGACAUCUGGCUUUCGAGCUGCUGUCUGCUGUAGUAGCGAUGGAGGAGCGAAUUUAAAAUGGGUGAUGUUGAGAAAGGCAUGAAGAUUUUUGUUCCGAAGUGUGCCCAGUGUCACACCAUUGAAAAGGGAGGCAAGCACAAGACUGGGCCUAAUCUCCAUUGUCUGUUUGGUCGGAAGACAGGUCAAGCAGCUGGAUUCACUUACACAGAUGCCAAUAAGAACAAAGGAAUCACCUGGGGAAAGGAUACACUGAUGGAGUACUUGGAGAAUCCCAAAAAGUACAUCCCAGGAAGAAAAAUGAUUUUCGCUGGCGUUAAGAAGAAGGGAGAAAGGGCAGACUUGAUAGCUUACCUCAAAAAAGCUACAAAUGAGUAAUAGCCACUGCUGUAUUUAUUUAUUGCAAAACAAAUGUCUCAUGGCUUUUUAAUGUGUACCAUAAUUCAAUUGAUCUCUAAUACCAGAUUUCAUAUCAUGAAUGGCUGGAAGAAUAU